ACUCGCUGUUAAGUUGAGGGACCUCCGGUGAACUUAGUCUCAAAAAACAAUCGUAAUUAGCAGGCCGCCAGCCCAGCCCACCUACUUCUCCUACACGGCCCAACUGCCACGUCAGCUAACCACCUCAUUCAAUCCACUCCACUCCACGGAGCCAACCCGAGCUCGCGAGAUGGAAGCUCACCUCCGGCCGCUCUCCGCCGCGGCGCUCCUCCUUUCCCCCGCUGCGCCGCUUCCCACCGCCGUUGCUGCUUCUGCGAGGAGAGCAUCCCCCGGUGGCAGGAGGUGGAGCAGCGUGAGGGCCAGCGCGGGCGGCGGGGGCUGGCUGUCGGGCCUGCUCGGAGGCAAGGGCGGCGGCGGCGCGCCGACGGCGAUGACGGUGACGCCGGGGACCGUGAAGGCGGGGGACCCCGUCCUGCACGAGCCGGCUCAGGACGUUGCCCCCGGGGACAUCCCCUCGGAGAAGGUCCAGGGCGUCAUCGACCGGAUGGUCGCCGUCAUGCGCAAGGCCCCCGGCGUCGGCCUCGCCGCCCCGCAGAUCGGCGUCCCCUUGAAGAUUAUCGUCCUGGAGGAUACCCAAGAAUACAUCAGCUAUGCUCCCAAGAAGGACAUUGAAGCGCAGGAUCGCCGUCCUUUCGAUCUUCUUGUUAUCAUCAAUCCUAAGCUUAAGACGACGAGUAAAAGAACUGCAUUGUUCUUCGAGGGGUGUUUGAGUGUAGAUGGAUACAGGGCACUUGUCGAGCGACACCUGGAUGUUGAGGUUUCAGGUUUGGACAGGAAUGGACGCCCCAUCAAGGUAGAAGCUUCAGGAUGGCAGGCACGUAUCCUGCAGCACGAAUGUGAUCAUCUUGAAGGUACAUUGUAUGUUGACACGAUGGUCCCUAGGACAUUCAGAAUUGUUGAUAACUUGGAUCUUCCGCUUCCUGUUGGAUGCCCUCCAAUAGGUGCACGCUGAGGUGGAGAGCAUUCCACAUUUUAAAAUUUCCAAGUAGAGAUAAUUGCACUCUAUAGUAUACAUAAAAUUUAUCCCAAGUAUAAUAUUUGCAUUGCUGCUUAUUUCUGUGAUUGCCAAUUUUCCAUGAAUUGAUUUUUCAAUGUCUGUUGUGGUCAUACACAUGCGGAGAAUCACUGCCUUGUAUGUUGAAUUGACAUCAUGUGGUAACAUUCGUUGUUGGUUGUAAGAUGUUCGCUCAAUGUUUUUUGUAUGGUGUCCAUGGACUCUGGGAGAACAGGAAUUUUACACUUCAAUAGAACUGUACCUUUUCCUCCA